AUGGGGGCGGGGGGGGGGGGGGGGGGAGGGGACAAGGGCCUGAUCAUGCUGGGCACUUUGUUCUCUGUUAACUGUUCUUUACCGUAUCCUAAGGGCAUUGGGACCAGACCGUAAAUUACAGUGAGGCCCCUGUGCAUUUAGAAUAAUUUAAAAUUGACAGCCAUGAUUCCAGUCUUGUCAUUUGUCAUAUAAUUUCAUUUUUCUGUGAUUUUUUUUUUUUUUUCCUCCUGAGGCCAAUGUUUAAAAUGCUUUGCAAAAAUAAACCAUUGUUGUCAAGUUUCCCUACAGGAACAGAAUGGAAGGAGGACCGAGCAGAUUGGAAAUUCACACCCCAGUAUUUGACAAGAAAAAGAAAAAAUACUCUGUAUAUAAGGAAGGACACCUAAGGAGUUCCCAUGAAAGUUUCAGAGACGCUCCUCUGACAAGCGAACAGCGUCACAUAACCAAGAGUAAAAAAAAGAGAAAGGAUUUCCAGCAUUUUCAUUCUUCCCCUUUGCAAAAAUCAGAAAUUUGCGAGGAGACUGAAAAGACCACUUCUAUACCCAAAAAGAAUAAAAAGAGAAGACAGAAGGCUUUGGGGGUAGAUGAGGAAACAGGCGUGGUGUACGUCCUGGUGGAUAAAGAAAAUAUCAAGGACACGCCGAAGAAUUUUAGGAGCGACGUCGAUGUCGUGUACGUGGACUCGAGCAAGGAACAAAAGCCAACACGAGAGCCUGACGCAGACGAACCGCAGUCCGUUCCGAAGUCACGUGAAAAUGAGUCCGAAGAACCGCAUCAUAAAGUCAGGGAGAAAAAGAGUAAAAAACGUCGGAAGAAAGCGGCAUCGGGCGAUGCUGUGCAGGACAGCCCACGUGCGAGCCUGCCCCUGCCCGAGGUGGAACCACACCAGCCAGAAGCCCCCCUUUCCGUGGGCCCAGAGGGCGAAAUUGCCCAGCUGCCAAUACCCGCAGGUGAGAAAAAGUCUAAGAAAAAAAAGAGAAAAAUUUCACACAACCGCGAAUUUGAGGCAGUGCCCGGGCCUGAGGGUCUGGAGAACGCGCACUCCGAAGGAUGUCGAGGGGUCAGCGGUGUAAAGAAAAAGGCUAAGAGACGGAAGCGAGGCUCUUCUGCCGAAAGCCCCGUAGCGCCUGGUGGGGAGUUUUCAGCGCUCGCUGCCCGCUUGGAGGACGCGCACUUUGAUUCACUGGAGGGAAAUGGCACCUUGAUUGAAGAAAGGGAGGAGCCCAGGCCACAGGAGGAGAAAACCCGGGCCUGCACGGAAGAGGUGCAGAGGUUGGAACCUACAAACGAAGAAGAAGGCCGUCUGGAAGUGGCCACAGGUUCCGAAACGAGAUACUUAUCCGAAGAGUCGAGAGAUUUGGGCGACUCGGAUGUGGAUUUGGACUCGGCCGUGAAGCAGCUCCAGGAGUUCAUCCCCGACAUCAAGGAAAGGGCCGCCACCACCAUCAAGAGGAUGUACCGGGAUGACUUAGGGCGGUUUAAGGAAUUCAAGGCACAGGGUGUCGCUAUUAGAUUUGGCAAGUUUUCUGUAAAGGAAAAUAAGCAGUUAGAGAAAAACGUGCAAGAAUUUCUGUCCCUGACCGGGAUUGACAAUGCGGACAAGCUGCUGUAUACAGACAGAUACCCAGAGGAGAAAUCUGUGAUCACUGACUUGAAAAGAAAAUACUCCUUUAGACUGCACAUCGGGAAGGGCAUUGCCCGGCCCUGGAAACUCGUUUACUAUCGAGCAAAGAAGAUGUUUGAUGUCAACAAUUACAAGGGCAGGUAUAGCAAAGGAGACACGGAGAAGUUAAAGAUCUACCACUCCCUGCAUGGAAACGACUGGAAGAAGAUUGGCGAGAUGGUGGCUCGAAGUAGCCUCUCUGUUGCCCUGAAGUUCUCCCAGAUCAGCAGCCCGAGAAACCACGGUGCUUGGAGUAAGGCGGAAACCCAGAAGCUAAUCAAGGCUGUGGAAGAAGUGAUUCUAAAGAAAAUGUCUCCCCACGAGUUACAGCAGAUGGAUUCCAAGCUGCGAGAGAACCCCGACGGCCGCCUGUCUAUUGUCAGGGAAAGUCUGUACAAGGGCAUUUCUUGGGUGGAAGUAGAAGCCAGAGUAGAAACCAGAAAUUGGAUGCAGUGUAAAAGUAAGUGGACGGAAAUUCUAACCAAGAGGAUGACGAAUGGUCGGGAUGUGUACCGCGGAGUGAAUGCCCUGCGGGCCAAAAUCAACCUGAUCGAAAGGUUGUAUGAAAUAAACGUGGAAGAUGCUAAUGAAAUAGACUGGGAAGAUCUUGCUAGUACCAUAGGUGAUGUCCCGCCGUCCUACGUUCAAACUAAGUUUUAUAAGCUGAAAGCUACCUGUGUUCCCUUUUGGCAGAAGAAGACUUUUCCAGAGAUCAUAGACUACCUUUACGAGACCAGUCUGCCUCUGCUUAAGGAAAAGUUAGAGAAGAUGAUGGAGAAAAAAGGUGCUGAAAUCCAGACUCCCGCGGCGCCCAGGCAGGUGUUCCUACUCCGAGACAUCUUUUAUUGUGACGACACCAGUGAGGGAGAAGACGGGGAGGAGAAGAAUUAAGGGGAGGACACUGUGCCUUGGGCACCCCUCCAGGUGUCGUUGGAUUUCUUUGCAGUGGGGCGGAGAACCUGUCUCCAGGACUGAUGUUUAGGAGAGAGAGAAGGAGCCAUGGCGCAGGAAGGGGAUGACGAUACCUUGCGUGGCGGAGCAUUCCACGGUGAUUCGCAUACUCACGCUGUAGUGCGUUUGAGUGUGCAGGGAAAGAGGCGCGUAAGAGUCGAUUUAAUGCUUCCGUGCCGUUGGACGUAAUCACAGCAAACGGUUCUCAUAAAUCCACAGUAUCCCCGGUCCCUCUCGU